UGACAUUAGCUUCAGAACAAGUACAGAUGGUGCACGUGCUCGGAGAUGCCGAAGCAAAGGCUGUAGAACUCAAGACACAAACCAAAAAGUUGGAAAAUUACUGUGAAGAUUUAGCAAGCAUUGCUAAAAAGCUAAAGCUACAGAAGAAAGUCUUGGACGUUAGAAUGAAGCUUUCACUAGAAUUCCUGUUGAAGCUAAGCUUUCACUACACAUCAAUGAAUGAAGAUUAUAGCUAUUUGUUUCAUCUCCUUGAGUUAAGCUGUUGUGCGGGGUGCAGUGGAGUAGAAGUACACGUGGUUAUCUGGGUUGUUGCACAAUAUCAAACCUAGCAACAACUUCUUUAUUGUCAAGUCACAACUGUCGUUUAACGCAUGUGACAUAUAAGAAUUUAAAGGAUUUUACUCUGAUCCAG